GUUGUAAAUGUCAGGCUGUUAAGCCCUCCCCUUUCUUCUAUACCCAAUUCUACCUGCAGGACAACUGCUGAUUCAUUCUUACAAAUUGGAAGGUCUGUAAAGAGAUUUGUGUGCACCUGUUCUCAUCUGACACAGCUGAAUAACAAGGAAAAUGAUGUCUUUGAAAACCACAGCAAGCAUCCUGCUGCUUCUUCAAGCAUUUCACCUGGUAUACCCACAAACUUCAACUGACUCUCCGGGACGUACAAUUGAUAAUAGCUGGCUCCGUCAGCUGCCCAAAAAUCAACUCGAAAGUGAAAAUACUACAUUUAGUGGAGAAAGCGAAUUUGAUCUGACAACUGAUCCCGUGGCAGAUUCCAGCAAAGAAUUUACCAGUGGAAUGGCAUCUGGCUUCAUGGCUGAAGAGAAGAACAUGACAACUCCUGAUAAGAGUUUAGACGAAACAUUUGAUGAUUCCAACAUUAUGACUACAAUCAUUCCCGCUGUGUUUGAAAAUGAAACAACUGAGGAACCAAAAUCGCCAGCUGCAACCAUCUCUGAAAGAAAGGAGACAACAGAGGCCACAGAUUCAAUUCAAAGUAACAUGACCAACUACGAGCAGGAAUUUAAUACACCUAUGACAACAGGAAGUACAACCACUGUCUCGAAUACCAACUUACAGUCCACAACCACCAUGGACUCCACAGCCUCCACUGAGCCCACAACCGCCAUCGAGCCCACAACCGCCAUCGAGUCCACAACCGCCAUCGAGCCCACAACCGCCAUCGAGCCCACAACCGCCAUCGAGUCCACAACCGUCAUCGAGUCCACAACCACCAUCGAGUCCACAACCACCACAGGGCCCAUGACCACAACCGAGUCCACAGCCACCACAGAGUCCACAACAACCAUGGAGCCCAUAACCACCACGGGGCCCAUGACCACCACGGGGCCCAUGACCACUACUACAACAAUGACCACAACCCCAGGGAAUGAUAAAGGAUUGACUAGUAUUACAGAAACUACCAACACACCUACUACAACUACAGCAGCACCUGCGAUAUAUACUUCAACUGAGCUACCAUCUGAAACCACCCAAACUACAUCUCUAUCCCCCACCUCUGUGAUGUCAGACAUGCCAGAUUUGGCUAAUAAGACCGGAAAAAUUGCAAGUGGCUCAGAGAGGGGCUCUGUGGCAGAAUCAGGUUCAGAGCUGGAUCCUUACAGAACUAAGAGGAACGCAGCCUGGUUAGCUGUACUGGGAACGGCGGCGGCAGCAGCUGUUCUGGGAUUGGUAGCCUACAUCAUUCUGAAAAAGAAACAUCAAAAAGCUUUCUCUCACAGGAAGUUGGUGGAGGAAUUCCCUUCAGAUCCAGUUCACAGAUUAGACAACGAUGAACCUUUGGACCUAAACUAUGGUGGCUCAGCUUACUACAACCCAGCACUCCAGAGGGACAGCAUCCAAAUGACCAACAUUCCAGGACGCCGUUGAAACUGAAAGCACUUCUGGGAGAAAAAUUAUCAUUUUUGGAAAAGAAUGUGACAUUUUUGGAAACGGACUGUUGUAGAGUUGCACUUGUUAAUGGGAAAAGGGAUCAAUUUCCAGUAGAUUAGGUUUGAGAUACAAAUAAUGCAUUGUAUUUGCAAGAAGACUCUAAGUUAUACUGCAAUAGCCAAAAUGAACUUUCUGCCAUUUAAGUAUGUUGCCAAAGGGAAACAAAUGAAGUCAUUCUAACAUUAAAAUUUUCUUUUAAAUUUGUUUUAAUGAAGGAUUUAAAAGGUGUUUUGGUACAACUUUUGUGAAAAUAUUUUACAGGCAAAAACGGCAUCCAAAACAUUCAAAACUAGAAAAUAAAACAAAAAUAUAACCUUGCUUCUACGGCUUAAUAGAAAGGAAAUGCUGGUUUUGGACCAUUUGGAUACCUGAGAACACUGCUGACCAGCUGUUAUAUUUGAACCCAAUUUCAGAAGCCCAGAUGAACAAUCACUUUACGUAUAUUUACCAGCAAUCUCCUGCUGUUACAGCAUGAUGCAGGACACAGGUCAUAUUAAAAGCGUAAUUUGAGCUAUUCCACAACUGGCAAUUUACAGCCAGUUUGAGAUUUUGAAAAAUGAAGGACUAAAAAGGAGGCCAUUUGUUUCCAUGAGAGAAAGCUGGACGCUGUUUGCUAACUGAUUUUUCUUUGAAAUUGAAGGUGUGUAUUUGUUACCUUUAGGGACUUUUUUAGUUACAAAAAUAUAUCAUAAUACACUUUUCAUCUCAUUCAGCCUCUAGGUGUCUGAGCAGAGAUCUGCUUGUAGUAUCAGCCUGCUCUUUGGAGAAUUAUAUGGUUACCUGCUACAUAAAGUAACUAUUAAUCAUAGAUUGGUUUUCUUUAUUUUUAAUCGUGGCCUUGAAGGCCUUCUAAAAGAAAAGCCUCUGUUGUAAUCACAUCUCUGCCUUAUGUAUCGCAACUUUGUAAUUUUAUACCUACAUUCACAUAUACUGUAUAUACAUAUAUAAUCAGGAUAGGUUUGCUACAGUCUACUUUUCUGGUUUACAUAAGAAUUUAUCAUCACACAUGUCAAGCAAAGAACCACUCAAAAUAAAUGUUUGGCUGCUUCCA